GGCCUAUGUUUAUUUUUAUUUUUAUCAGUAAAUAACAAACUUCCAGCAUUGGUGUUUGGCAUGCCUGUGACAUUUGAGCAAUCCGAGUCAGGUCUAUUUCUGUCACAGUUUCUGGGUGAGAGUUGGACGGCUUACAGAGCUGGUUUGUCGGACACCACUGUUGGCCUGAAAUGGCUGUUUUGAACAGACUGGUUUGCUGAAUUAUCGAGUCCCUCUCCUCAUGGACUUGUAUGGGAUCACAGGAGGCCGACUGGAUGUGAUUGCAGAGGAGGCUGAGUUAAGCAGAGAGUCGACCACCAUGGCAGACGAAGGAGGGAGGGCGACCCGAGGAGUUUCCACCUUCCAGAGGUUUUCUUUUGACACCAACGAGUCCCUUUGUUUUGAGCCCUGUGAGGACAGCCCUCCGCCUCCCACUGGGGCAGAAGAUGGAUUUGAUGAUGAUGUGUUUAAAGGAGGACAAACUGAGAGUGAGAUCGUCACAAUAAGGAAUCGACUGCAAGGGAAGGUCGCUGAGAUGGAAAACUUUGCAAGUCAUCUGGAGGAAAUAUUCCUCACUGUGGAGGAGAAUUUUGGCCGACAGGAGCAGCACUUGGAGCAGCACUACAACGAUGUGCUGCAGACGUUGUCUCAGCGAUAUGACGACAGGGCGGCUGGACUGGAGGAGGAAAAGAAGGGCAAGCUGGAGGCCCUCUACAAGCAGUUGCUGACCUGUGGUCAGGCCAUGGAUGCUUCCAAGGAGCUCAUUGAGACGGCCCAGGAGGUCUACCGCAGCGAAGACAAGAGGCUUUUCCUCAAGGCAGUUAUGCCCACCAUCAAAAGAAUCAAGGAGUUUGCCAAAGAGGAGGUUGACCUCACGUUGUCUACAAAUCUUGAGUUUAACACACCACUUGCUGACCUGUCAGAUGUGAAAACCAUGAUGGACUCCAUCAACGUUGUCCCAGCUCCAUCCGCCCCGGUAAUCAACCCCCAGAUGCCCAACUCUGCCACCCAGACGUCCCUGCGUGUGCGCUGGAGCUUGUUCUCCGACGACACGGUGGAGUACUAUGAGCUUUACUACAGACCGGUGCUGGAGGACACGCCAGCAGACAGCACCUGCGCUCCACUCGUGAGCAAGGUAAAAGUGAAGGAGACUCACUGCACAGUGACAUAUCUGCUGCCCAAUGCUCAGUAUGAACUCUGGGUGACUGCUACCAACACCACAGGCAUCAGCCCAGCGAGUGAGAAGACCUUAUACAUGACAGUGCCGUCGCCUCCUGUGAUCAAGCAGAGGGAGUGUACUAGCUGUCCAGAGGCUGCUCUGAUCCGCUGGGAGUCGGGGAACACCAACCCCGUGGACUCUUACACUGUGGAGCUCAGUGAGAUGGGCACUGAUGGCACAGAGAGCGGCAUUGCUGAGUCUGUAGUAGCCGUGCCCACCUGUCAGUGUCUGAUCCAGCUGCAGACAAAACGCCGUUACCUCAUCUCUGUGAGAGCAGUCAACAUCGGCGGGCCCAGCGACAGGAGUGAAGUUAUUACUGUGUCCACAACAGGUACAUUCUUCUGUCUCCUGGAGGACACUGCCCAUCCUUGUUUGUCCAUCUCUGAAGACGGCUUCACCAUGUUUUAUGGAUACGAGGAGCUGCCAAUUAGCGCCAUGGCCUUAGAUGAUAACAACGCUUUUACCAGGUGUGUAGCUGUCCUGGGGGAUCUGAUCCCAGUGAGAGGCCGGCAUUACUGGGAAGUUGAGGUGGACGAUGUGACAGAAUUUAGGAUUGGAGUUGCGUCCGAGGACACAGAGAGGAACUCGUACCUCGGAGCCAACAACACCUCCUGGUGUAUGAGACACAUUCUCACUCCAUCCAGGCAUAAAUAUGAGUUCCUACACAAUGGCUGCAGUCCUGACCUGAGGAUUACAGUGAACCCAGUGCGGAUAGGAGUGGCACUGGACUACGAGAGGGGGACCCUGUCCUUUUUUAAUGUGGAACUGGAACAACACCUACACACCUUCCAAUGUCACUUCCAACAUUAUGUUCAGCCCUGCUUUGGCCUUGACAACCCCGGAGCUCUUACUGUACACAACGGCAUAGAAGCUCCAGAGUAUUCAUUCAUCUAACCCGGGUUUAACAUGGAAUAAAACCUACGGCUGGCUGGAAGGAAGUGAAUUAACUGUUUUUAUUACUAACCAGAUUUCGUGGUGACAGCCCCACUAAAGAAAACCCUAACUUUGUGUACACCAAAAUGAAUUCAAUAAAAAAAAUAAAACACCUGUCGACCUUCCUUAGCAGUAAAGUAUGUGUGUGAACCGAAGACGAGGGCUUUUCAGUUGUUUUUAUUAUAUUAUUCCAUGGGAACAGGCAUACACCAUUUUCCAAGAUAAGAAAAACGUUUCACUGAAUUUUACAAUAUGUAUUCAUAGCAUCAGUAAAUGCAGCAGACCAAGUGUUUCAAUUCAAACAGGAAAUAAGGGACUUGUUUUUGAUUAACAAAAAGAUGCUUUUAAAAAUGAAAAGGAAAGUUUUAAGAAAUAAAGCCAUUUGUAGAUAUUAUACAAUCGUAUUCAUAUGUUAAAAGGACAAAUCCACCCUGAAUACUUUCACACUGUUAAAAGCAAAUGUUUUGAGAUAUUUUGUGAACAGAAAAUGUCUCUGUAUUCAAGACAUUAGUAAGUGCAUGUUUAAUAGUCAGAUACUUAAAUAGAAUAAAAAAGGGCUACUACUAAGUCAGUUACAACACAAGGGAGAAAUACCUUAUUAGCAUGAAGCCACAAGAUGUGCUGCACCUUAAGUCAUGUGGCUACACACAAAUAUGCACAAUGACAAUGAACUAGUUGGCAGGGCCUCUAUAUUUACAGUUGCUAUAUAAAUGGGCAUAGAUUAAAAUUUUCCCCAUUCUGUGACCCCCCAAUUGUGUGCGGGGUUACGGAAAGGUAUUGUGAAAAAAAAAAAAAAAAAAGAAAAA